GCUAGUUCCUGUUUUAAAUGACUUAUACUUAGCUCUGUCUCAGUUAGCACCGCCUGAAAAGUCCUCUGUUUGUUUGCUAAACAGCGAGCACCCAAGAUGUGUCUUUGCGGAACAAACCGCGCACUUAUUUAGCCUGUGGGCGGAUUAGACAACUCUAUUUACAUUAAGCCUGUUUAUCUGCUAACAUGGAGUCAGACGACGAUGUGCCUCUCAUCUUAACAUGGGACGAAGCAAACAGCGGUCUGCUCAGCGAGGAGACCGAGAGAGGAGACGAAAAUGGAGGAGGAGGAAAUUAUGACAUAGUGAACAAUGCUGUGAUCUCAACGCCCGGGCCACAACUCCACAGAGCCCAAAAUGCGUCCUUACGGCAGAGCUGGGAGAUGAACUUCCAAGAGGCGGCCAUCUACCUGCAGGAGGGAGAGAACAAUGAUAAGUUCUUCACCCAUCCUCGAAACCCUAAGGCAUUGGCAGCGUACCUGUUUGCCCACAACCACCUGUUCUACAUGAUGGAGCUGCUGACAGGCCUGCUGCUGAUGAUGCUGUCGCUGUGUGAAGCCCCCGCUGUGCCCUCACUGCGUCUGGACGUCUACGUCCAUGCCACUCUGGAGCUGCUGGCUCUGGUUAUGAUGGCGUUCGAGCUAUGCAUGAAACUGCGCUGGUUAGGCUUCCAUACCUUCAUACGACACAAGAGGACCAUGGUGAAGACGUCUGUGUUGCUGCUACAGUUUGUGGAGGCCAUUGUGGUUCUGAUCAGACAGACGUCUCACGUGAGAGUGACCAGAGCUCUCAGACCAAUCUUCCUGGUGGACUGUAGAUACUGUGGUGCUGUGCGCAGAAACUUGCGACAGAUCUUCCAGUCCCUCCCACCUUUCAUUGACAUCCUCCUACUGCUGCUUUUCUUCAUGGUUAUAUUUGCUAUGUUGGGUUUCUGCCUUUUCUCUCCGAACAAAACGGACCCGUACUUCAGCACCCUGGAGAACAGCCUCGUCAGUCUGUUUGUGCUGGUCACCACAGCAAAUUUCCCUGAUGUGAUGAUGCCUUCCUACUCCAAGAACCGCUGGUCUUGUGUGUUCUUCAUUGUCUACCUCUCCAUAGAGCUCUACUUCAUCAUGAACCUGCUCCUCGCAGUUGUGUUCGAUACGUUUAAUGACGUUGAGAAGAUGAAGUUUAAAUCUCUUUUACUUCACAAACGCUCCGCUAUUGACCAUGCCUUCCAGCUGUUAGUUAGCCGGCAGAGGCCGUCAGGUGUGACACUAAAACAGUUUGAUGGUCUCAUGCGAUUUUACAGACCACGGAUGUCUGCAAGAGACCGCUUCCUCACAUAUAAAGCUCUUAACACCUCAGGGGCUCCAAUGCUCAGUCUACAGGACUUUUAUAAGUUCUAUGAGGUCACUGGCCUUAAAUGGAAGGCACGACGCAGUGGAGAACAUUGGUUUGAUGAUCUUCCACACACGACCUUCCUCAUUUUCAAAGGUAUCAACCUGCUCGUGAAGUCAAAGGCCUUUCAAUACGCCAUGUGUGUGGUGGUGGCCAUCAAUGGCGUAUGGAUCCUCGUGGAGACAUACUCUCUGAAUAGUGGAUUCUCCUGGUCCAGAUUUGUUCCCUGGAGUUACAUUGUUUUUCUAACCAUUUAUGGUGUAGAGGUGUUGUUGAAAAUAACUGGUUUGGGGCCGAUGGCUUAUAUCAGCUCUGGGUGGAAUCUGUUUGACUUCACUGUGACGUUGUUUGCCUUCCUCGGUCUGAUUGCUCUUGCCUUUGAUAUGGAGCCGUUUUACUUCAUCGUAGUCCUCAGACCACUUCAGCUGCUCCGGUUGUUUAAGAUAAAGCAGCGGUAUCGUAAUGUGUUGGACACCAUGUUCGAGCUCUUUCCCAGGAUGGCCAGUCUGGGGUUGACAUUAAUCAUCUUCUACUACUCCUUUGCGAUUGUUGGGAUGGAGUUCUUUGCAGAUGUGGUUUACCCCAACUGCUGCAACACCAGCACAGUGGCAGACUCCUACAGACUGAGAAACGUCACGAUUGGCAACAAAACAGUGUUGCAAGAAGGAUACUAUUAUCUCAACAACUUCAACAACAUUCUCAGCAGCUUUGUGACUCUUUUUGAAUUGACUGUGGUCAACAACUGGUACAUUACAAUGGAAGGAGUCACUUCUAUGACGACGCACUGGAGCCGGCUCUACUUCAUGACCUUUUACAUAGUUACCAUGGUGGUGAUGACCAUCAUCGUAGCGUUCAUUCUGGAUGCGUUUGUGUUCCGCAUGAACUACAGCCGCAAGAACCGGGAACCAGUGGAGAACCCAGAGGAUGAAAACGGGAUAGUGUUCGAAGUCGAGGUGAGUCGGGAUGAGGCUCUGGCCACUCUGGAGCUUUUCAAACAGACGUGCCCAGGACCGUCCUCCCUCAGCUCUCUACAGGGAGUCCUACAGGCCAUGGACAGGGGAGGGCAUACGUCUCUGGUGUACCUGGGCCGCAGGUCUAGGACCAAGAGUGACCUAAGCAUGAAAAUGUACGAGGAGGAGAUACAGCAAGAGUGGUAUGCAGAGUAUUCGAGGGAAAACCUGCCUGAGUUGGACCAAAGCCCGGGUCAGGAUCUGGACAGUCCCGUCUCUGACCCGUCUUCCUUCCCCGAGCCUCAGCUCAAUGCACAGACUGGACUUCACAGCGUCAACUAACACAUAGUUAGCAAGCAGUACUGUACAUACACAGCACCAUCUCAGUGUUUUCAAAUGCAGAGGAGCUCCCAUCACUCCAGGUCUUUUCCAGUUCCCCCACUCGCUCUAUUUGCCACAGUGGGAAACUAGUCCGGGGCCUUUUGGACUGACGUGAGAGGGAGACGAGUUGAUAAAGACAGAAAGACAGCAGUGCUGGUCUGUUGCUGGACCAGUGAAGCGUUGAUGUCCUUUUCAAAGACUGAUAUUACGUAUACUGCUGAAGGCCAUUUGUGACCUCCUGAAAAUCCUGUAGUGCUUAAACCCCGAUGCCUUAGUUAAGUGGCUCCUCUGAUCAGUAUCAACAGACACUACAUUUAAGUUCUCUUAAGACCAAAAGUACAAACAAUCCUUUUAGCUCAACCCAAUGCAACAAUAACAGUGUAUCUCCUAACUAAUGUUAAACGGAUUCAAAGUAUUUUCUAUAACUUCUUAUUCUGUGAUGUGUUUCAGUUAGUAAGAAGGGAUUUUGUUUGAGUUAUGUGCAUUUAUGUAUUUUUGCUGUACUAUCAUAUGGCUGGUAACUGCUAAUUGACCUACAAUGUAUCAUAUAACACAGACCAGCAUAGCAUUACCACGACCUGUAAAACACAUACCAAACCAAAAUUAUUUAAUGCCCGUAUAGCCGUUUUGUACAAGGUCAUUUUAACAUUUUGAUUCUCAGUAUAUUUGACAAAUUCACAAUGUUUUAAAGUAUACAUUUUUACAACCUGUGUUUUCAUUCUGGACUCCCAAAGUGCCAGAUCCAGUCAGCACAAACAAAACAUUUAAUAAAAGGCACAGUGUAAUAA